GCACCACCUCGCCGAGGACGACUCCACCUUGACCAUCGUCACCGUCGCUGAGCGCAUAUAUACCCACAACAUGUUCUUGCCACGGCAGAAGAGCAAGUCUACAAAGGACCCAGAGAAGGCAGCACUCGCAGCAGCCAACAGACCAUGGGUGGAGAAAUAUCGGCCAAAGAGCAUCGAAGAUGUCACAGCUCAGGACCAUACGGUCAAUGUACUGAGGAAGACGCUCAUGUCCAGCAAUCUGCCACACAUGCUCUUCUACGGCCCACCUGGGACAGGAAAGACUUCCACCAUUCUCGCACUAGCGCGACAGCUAUUUGGCCCUGAGCUCAUGAAGUCUCGAGUGCUCGAGCUCAAUGCUUCCGACGAACGAGGAAUCUCCGUCGUACGAGAAAAGAUCAAGAACUUUGCAAAGAUUGCUGUAAGCAAUGCGGAUGUCGACUUCCCAUGUCCGCCGUAUAAGAUCAUCAUCCUCGACGAGGCAGACAGUAUGACGCAGGACGCACAAAGUGCCCUCAGGAGGAUCAUGGAGCAGUAUAGUAGAAUUACGAGAUUCUGUCUGGUAUGCAACUACGUGACAAGAAUCAUCGAGCCGCUCGCAUCUCGUUGCAGCAAGUUCCGCUUCAGGAUGCUCGACACAACGAGUACAAAGGACCGCCUUGAGCUCAUCGCCAACACAGAGGGCGUCAAGUUUGAGGAAGGCGUCUUGGACACCCUCAUCAAGACGUCAGACGGAGAUCUGCGCAGAGCUAUCACCUACCUCCAGUCCGCCGCACGGCUUCAUAAUACCUCGAACUCGCAGCGCUCUGCUAUCACGCCGGCGAGUAUCGUGGAGAUUGCUGGUGUGAUUCCGCCCGAGGUCAUCGUUGAGAUCGGUAAAGCUGCUGGGUUGGAGCCGCCACCCGAUGCAGAGGGAGAUCGGGUCAUGGAGGAGGCAAUGGGGGAUGCUGUCAAGGGGAGCUUCGAGGCAUGUCACAGAGUGACGAAGAAGGUGGCCAUGGAGGGCUAUUCGGCUUCCCAGCUGCUGAUCCAGCUACACGACUACAUCAUCGAGCAUCCCACGCUGCCCGCAAAGAACAAGGCCAAAUGUGCACUUGCCUUUGGAGAGGCAGACAAGGCGCUCGUAGACGGAGCAGACGAGGAGUUGCAGCUGCUCAACUUGACCCUCAAGCUGCUCAAGAGCUUGCAGUGAUCUGGCGGCGAGGCGUGGUGAAGCGGGCAUUCGAGCACGUGCGUGGGAUGGAGGGCACAGGGAGGGACGGAGGACAGAAGGACCGCAGCGAGACGGCCUGCAUUGUACUUGUACAGUAUCACUCACGCAACACAGGGACAUAGUCUGUUUAAAAGCCACAUGACAUCGGCAUUGACAGUUGAAGGGACGGUAGCGCUACCAUCAGAUUCGAGAGACCAAGAGUAGGCAGUACGUUAAAUU